UUUAGAGAUUAGCUACAUACCACAUACUUUCUUCUAUUCACACCCACUGCAUCAUGAAUGAGAAAAGACCACAAAAAUCAAUUUAAUAACUGUAUAUUUACAACAGGGAAGCCAAGUGUAAAUUGAAACUUACAUUUGGUGGAGCCAAAAAAACAUUGUAAUCCAAUUAAAAGAAACAAACGCUUCUCUCAGCUCUCACACCAUCAAUCUUCAAGAAAGAAGAUAACCACACAAGAGCUCCAAUGGCCACUACUGCAAUAGCUUCAUCCUCAUCCUCUCUCCUCUUCUCCACCUCCUCUCUCUCGUCCUCCUCAUCAUCCUCUCUCUCUCCCAUUGCCCGUCUCUCUCUCUACUCACCCUCCUCUCACUCUCUCUCCUCCUCUCUCUCCUUCUCCCCAUCUUUUCGACCAAUUUCGAAUAAAAGCUCCUCCAGAAGGGCUUUAUCGUCAUUCACAGUCCGCGCGGAGAAGAAGAAUGUGCUUGUUGUCAACACGAACAGCGGCGGCCAUGCCGUCAUCGGAUUCUACUUUGCGAAGGAGCUUCUGGCGGCCGGCCAUGGUGUCACGAUCCUGACCGUUGGUGAGGAGGGCUCGGACAAGAUGAAGAAGCCGCCUUUCAACAGAUUCUCAGAAAUUGUGAGUGCUGGAGGGAAAACAGUGUGGGGUGAGCCAGCAGAUAUUGGGAAGGUGUUAGAGGGAGCUGCAUUUGAUGUGGUGUUGGAUAACAACGGAAAGGAUUUGGAUGCUGUGAGGCCAGUAGCAGAUUGGGCAAAGAGUACAGGAGUGAAGCAAUUUUUGUUCAUCAGUAGUGCAGGGAUUUACAAGCCAACCGAUGAGCCUCCGCAUAUUGAAGGGGAUCCCGUCAAAGCUGAUGCUGGCCAUGUCGGUGUAGAGAAAUACAUUUCAGAAACUUUUGAUAAUUGGGUGUCUUUCCGCCCACAGUACAUGAUUGGCUCUGGCAACAACAAGGACUGCGAAGAAUGGUUCUUUGACCGCAUCGUCAGAGGCCGACCUGUCCUGAUUCCCAGCUCCGGCAUGCAGUUAACAAACAUAGCCCACGUGAGAGACUUAUCAUCCAUGCUCACUUUAGCAGUCCAAAAUCCAGAAGCCGCAAGCAGAAAAAUAUUCAACUGUGUUAGUGACCGUGCUAUCACACUCGAUGGCAUGGCCAAAUUAUGCGCUCAGGCAGCCGGGCUGCCUGUCGAGAUAGUGCAUUACAAUCCAAAAGCAGUUGGAAUAGAUGCAAAAAAGGCUUUUCCUUUCCGAAACAUGCAUUUCUAUUCCGAGCCAUGGGCUGCAAAGGAGAUUCUUGGGUGGAGUGGGACGACAAAUCUACCUGUAGACUUGAAGGAGAGAUUUGAAGAAUAUGUGAAGAUCGGUAGAGACAAGAAGGAAAUUAAAUUUGAGACAGAUGAUAAGAUUCUUAAGGCACUCAAGGUACCUGUGGCAGUAUGAUCAUUAAUAACUAAUAAUUAUUAUUGCCAAGGCAACCUAUAAAACGGAUUGCAUGGGUUUGAGUUCCGGAGGCAAGUGUAAUUUCGUGAAUUUUCCCUGUUAAGCAAUUAAUACAAUUUUCCCAAGUUUUGUAAAUUUCACAUGUGAAACAAUAUAUACUCUUUUCGUGUGCUUCAGCAUGGUAUUCCGGCACACUGAAAAACAAUAUCAAGAUAACAAAUUCAAAUAUUACCUUUACCCCAACUUGUCUGUUAAUCUAAUUACCAAUUCAUGCCAAAACGCGGCAAUGCAGAUACUAAAGUAUUUUCGCUGAAAUAAACACGGUUCCAGUCUGAAGUCUGAACUAAUAGAGUAAAGAAGGUUUUUAUCAAAAUCCCAAGAACAAACCACAAGAGAGUACAUAAGCCAAACAGAACUAAGCACAUUUCUUGCUAAGACAAUAAUAAUCAGACAAUGCAUACUGAUACAACCAACUCAAGUCGGCAAAAGCGCUAAGCUAAAAGCAAUUCCCAAUCCUCAUUCUUCCUGUUUGAUAUCGAGGCCCUUGAGUUUAGACUCUAAUUCGUGCCCAACAUCGCUAUUUCCUUCUUCCUCCUCUUCAUCAUAGUCUUCUCCUUCUGGGUCAUUAUCGUCCAGAGGACCAAGAACAUUCGGGCAAUUCUUGAACAGAUCCCUCACCUCAUCAAUGCCCUCAUCUGAUAUAUAAUUCCCAUCAAUAUUCAGCAAAGUGAAUCCUGGUUUACCCACGACGGCCUGGGCCAAUCGCCUGGCACCAGCCCUUCUCAUCAAAUUGGUAUUCAUGUCCACUUCACAUAACUGGCCGUGACCCUCUUCAAGUGCCUUGGCAAUCAAAAUAGCACCCUCAUCCUUCAAUUCAUUCUCAGACAGGUUCAAUUUUGCAAGAAAUUGCUUGGAAGCAAUGCACGAAGCCAGAGCAGGUGCAGCUUUAGCAGUGAUUUCAUUUCCAGCCAUGUCCAGAACUUCAAGAGAUGGAGCAGAUUUCUUUAGAGCAUCCGCAAGUGCAAUAGAACCCUCGUCCUCCAGAUUCAAAUAGCUGAGAUAAAUCUCGGAUAAAUCGGAAAACGCGGAAAGUGCCUCGCUCAGGGCCAUCCCGGCAUCAACACCAAACAAAUUGUCCCGCAAAUCCAGUUUCUUUAAAUGCUUACAUUUUUCAAGAGCUUUAGCUAGGGCAACACCUCCCUCGGAUUCCACCCUUGUGGACGAACACCUAAAAUCUUCUAGCAGGGGAGAAUUGUUCACAAUUUUGGAUAUGGCUAUGGCCCCCUCAUCUCCAGUCAUGUUGUUAUGAAAAUGAAGGACUCGCAAUUUAUCAGUAGAGGGAAUCAGAUCAUAAAGAGCGGCAGCAGCCUCCUCUGAAAUUCCAUCGUUGAUCAAAUACAGUUCCUCCAAAUUAUAUUGGGACUUCAAAAGCGCCCCAAAUGCCCUGACACCCUUCUCGCCUAGCGCAUUAUUCGAAAGGUCAAGAUAGCGCAAGUUCGAACCCUCGAGUGCCAAAGAGAAUAUACCCAUGACCUCAAGAGCCUCCUCCUCAUUCCUUCCCGCCACAAAAUCCGAUAGAUCAACUUCAGUCAACUGAUCCUUGAUGAUCGAUAAAAUGGGCCCCGCAACAAGAGCAGCCUCCUUGCCAAAACUUGUGUUGCUAAAACAAAUCCUUUUAUAUUUAUUCCCGGGCUCUUUCAAGUGUCUCAGCAGCUUCUCGGCAUCGGCAGCAUCGAUAACUUUCCGUGGGUCCCUGGAUAUAUCAAAGGUGGUCCCUCCGUAUUCUUUGAUUUUAGCGGAUAUGCUGUCGAGUUCUUCAUUUGCUUUUGAGGUGGGGCCUCGUUUGAUGACCUCAAUCAUGAGCCAGCUGGAUUCCUUGGCGUACAACUGCACGGCCGAGCUUCCGUCCCCUUCUGGUUCCUUUGUGAAAUGUUGGUUAGCCUCGGCAAAAGCAGACGACUCAAUUUGUUUGGCAUCUUCCUCGGCUUCUUUUGGGCUCAAUAGACCAUAUUUUCUGGACCAUAUGGAGGGUGUCGUGAGAUUCUUGGUCAUUCGCUCGAUUAGCUUUAGCCUCGUUCCUUGGGAUGGAGGCCAUAGUUUCACAGAGAGCGUGGAGGUUUCCAUUUUGAGAAAAUAAACGUCAACGACGGGCGAUUAAAAUCGCCACCAAAGAAGAUGAUAGCAACAGAUCCAAAGCAGUUGUUGGUAAUUGCAAGUAAAAGGAAGAACACUUGAAAACCUGAGAAUUUUAUAUAUUCAGAGAAAAAUAAAUGUAAAAUGAAAAUAAAUUAACAAAUUGGACGAUUUUGAAUUUGAGAACCGAGUGAAAACUCCC